CUUAUGAAAGGUUGAAAUCCCUUUAAGAUACUGGAAUCCACCAAGCAAUUUCAGAAUGGCAGGAAGGGGCGGGUAUCCUAUCCCUGCAUCCAGUGCUAGAGGUGGCACGGAGGGCACAGCACCCAGGGCCUGCACAGGAGCUCAGCUCGGGUCUGGGAAGGUCCAGCCGUCCCGUCACACCACAGAGGGCGGAUCUUCCCAGCACUGUACGUGUUUGUGGAGCCGCCGCCUCACUCUGUGCCCAGGGAAAUCCCAUAUUGUGUCGUUACGGGCGGGCAUUGGUUAUGUGGUAGAGAGCCGUGCAGCUGGCUGACAUGGAGGCUAUCCGGCACACGACCCUUCCUUUCCUGCUUCUGUCUGCACUGGUGGCUGGUACCGGGCCCACCCCGACGAGCAGUCCUGGGCGAGUUCAAAGACCUUUUAAUCUGAAGAAGGAAUCGUAUAAUUUUAAUUCUACCUUAUCCUGGGAUUACAACAAAUCUUUUAUCACUCCUUAUUUUCACGUGGAAUACAAGCAUAAGGGGGAUGUAUCAGGACUCAUUUUUUGCACCAUAAUCUGUAGAAAUCCCUGGACAGUUUUAGAGACUUGUAGGAACAUUUCGUCGAAUUACUGUGAUCUUUCCAAAAUUAUUAUUGAUCCUUAUGAUUAUUAUACUGUGCAAGUGAAGGCUUCUGUAGGCUCUGAAGUGAGUGAAUACGCACAAACUGAAUUCUACUUAAUUAAUGACGGUAUUAUUGGACCUCCUGGACUAAACGCAUCGGUUGAAGGAAAAUUUCUAAUUGUUGAUGUUUGGUACCCACGUGUACCACCCAUUACUGGAGAAAUUAAUGUAGGAGACUACUUAGAAGACCUUACAUAUGACAUUCAUUAUGGAAAUGAAACAAAGGAAACAGAUGAAUGUGAUCGUUUUGGAUGCAGCGCCAGUAUUUUAAUUUCAAACCAAAAUACAUAUUGUUUUUCGGCACAAGGUAAAUCGAUCGACCCUAUGACUAUAGAAAAAUCCAAAGAAAUCUGCAUAGAUAUUAUUCCUCCUGCAAAUGGUAUAUCUAACAGAUUUUUGGCCAUAAUUCUGCCUAUUGUAAUUGUGGGGAUCAUUCUACUUGCUUUAUGUUUCUUUAUUAUAAAAAGAAAAUUAGAAUCCACAUCCUUGCUCCCGCUGUCAUUGAACACCAUGGCAAAAGCUGUGACUGCACAUUUGCCAUCUGACCAAGUGACCAAGUAUGAUAAAGUCUCUGUAUCUUCCCCUGACUCGCCUGGAGAUAAAAUGACCCCUGAGGAGGCAGAUAAGGACCUGAAUGGGGCUGAUGAUUCAGACAUCAGAGUGAGCAUUGAUCAGGGAUACCAAAGCUCUGCAGGGGAAGCUGAACAGAAAGCACAAGACGACCAGAAUGGAAUAGAAGAAUCAAGUAACAGCAGCACCAACAACUAUUAUCACACUGAAAAUGGGGAUUCUAGCUUUGUAUGUAUAAAGGAGAAUGGCAUUACUGAGCAGGAGCCCGUCCAAGACAUUAAACCAAUAACAAACUCCUUUGGAUAUGACAAGCCACAUUGUCCUUUAUAAACUACAGGAGGUGUGGGCUUCAUCAGGCUGAAUGUGAAGGCCUGGAACGCUGCACAUGCCUUAAAUGAACCUCAUUCUGGAGCUUGGAGUGCUUACAUACAUAAGCUGCAAUAGCUUACAAGUGGGAGAAGAACUGCUCGAAGCAUACAAUGAGACAGUUAUUCUGUUAUAAAGCAUUGCAGAAUAUGGAGAUGAUAAAGAGUGCGCCUAGGAAAAUGUUUACUGCGGUUGCUCAUGCCUUUUGUUAUUAUCUUCAUCAGUGUACAGAUAUGUUUGACCCUAAAAUACUGAUACAUCUAUCUCCAAGGACUGUUCAGGCGAUGCAUGAUAGAUGGAGGAGCACUUACAGCCUUGUAAAUAUACAGUUUUGUCUUUUUUUUAUGUUUUUUUUGCAGCUUUCAACUGACUGCGAUUCAUUUCUCAAUCUACUUUUUUUUAAAUAGAUAAGUUUGAUCUAUUUGUCUGCUUAACCUGUGUAUUAACUUCUAAAGUUAUAUCACUUAUCCUUUUUUUAUUUUUAUUUUUUUUUACUUAUAUGUAUAUAUGUAAAUUAUGGAGGAGAUUUAUUAAGCAAAUGCACUAGAUUAUGUAAAAAAAAAAAAAAAAGCCACAUAACAAGUAUACAAAGCCAUAUUUGUUUAAUAUGUGUUUUAGAUACUUCUACACUUGAAUAGACUUGAACCCCACACAUGUUUAACAUGGCUCAUAAGAUGUACAACAUUUUU